GCUUUUAUUUUGAAACAGCGCGGAAAACCCGGAAGUAAAGCACGGAUCUAGCACUUCUUUACAUUGUCAUCGUAUUUGUAAAGCAGUGCAGAAUAAGCAGUUUUAGUUUACUGCAAUUGUCUCUAAAACCGUAAUCCCACCAUAAACGAGAUGACAGUGCCAGUGGUGAACCUUUCUUUUGCUGCGUGUGGAUUCCUGGGUAUCUACCAACUGGGUGCAUGUGGAGCCAUCCUGAGACAUGGAGACAAGCUGGUGAGCUCUCUCAGGGCAUGUGCUGGGGCAUCUGCUGGAGCUCUGGUGGCUGCAGUGAUGGUCACUGCUCCAGACAAACUACAGAGUGUCAAAGAAUUUACCUUCAGAUUUGCAAAAGAUGUCAGAAGCCAGAGGUUUGGAGCUGUGACUCCUGGAUAUAACUUCAUGCUUACACUCAGGGAGGGAAUCGAGGAGUUUCUGCCUGGCGAUGCCCACAUUAAAGCAGGCAAUCGCCUUCACAUCUCUAUAACACAUUCAAAAAGUGGCAAGAACACCAUCGUGUCCAGCUUUGCCUCCAGGGAGGACCUCAUAAAGGCACUCUUGGCCAGUAGUUUUGUGCCCGUCUAUGCUGGAAUCAAACCGGUGGAAUGGCAAGGACAGAAAUGGAUUGACGGGGGAUUCACGGAUAGUCUCCCCAUCCUGCCAGAGGGACGUACCAUCACAGUCUCCCCCUUCGCAGGUCCCCAAGACAUCUGCCCAAAACACAGAGGGCUCAUGAACCUCCACCUCAAACUGGCCAACAUGGACGUAAUGUUUUCCAAGGAGAACAUCAUCAGGUUAAACCAGUCCUUAUUCCCUCCGUUAGAGGAAAGGAUGAACCAGUAUUGUAAAGAGGGUCAUGACGAUGCAGUGAGGUUUCUGAAGAUCGAAAACUGGAUCCAGUAGUGUUGUAUUUCAAUUGAGUAUUCUUUUUAUUAUAGUGUUUUUUCUUGUAAAUAUGGUGUAAUCACAUUAAUUAUUUUAGAUUUUAAAGUGUGUAAAAUAAAGAAAAUACAAUAAUUCAA